AUGCGAGGCCUGUUUCCUGCCAUUCUCAAUCUGGCCAGCAAUGCUCACAUCAGCACUAACGCCACCUGCGGUGAGAAGGGGCCCGAGAUGUUCUGCAAACUCGUGGAGCAUGUGCCGGGUCGGCCGGUACGGAACCCACAGUGCAGGAUCUGUGACAGCCGCAGCGUGAACCCCAGAGAACGGCACCCAAUAUCGAACGCGAUUGAUGGCACCAAUAACUGGUGGCAAAGUCCCAGUAUUCAGAACGGGAGAGAGUAUCACUGGGUCACAAUCACUCUGGACUUAAGACAGGUCUUUCAAGUGGCGUAUGUCAUCAUUAAAGCCGCCAAUGCCCCUCGACCUGGUAACUGGAUUCUGGAACGUUCUGUGGAUGGCGUCACGUUCAGCCCCUGGCAGUACUACGCAGUCAGCGACACUGAGUGUUUGACUCGCUACAAUAUAACUCCAAGACGGGGGCCACCCACGUACAGGGCCGAUGACGAAGUGAUCUGCACCUCGUAUUAUUCCAGGCUGGUGCCACUUGAGCACGGAGAGAUUCACACAUCCCUGAUCAAUGGCAGGCCAAGCGCUGACGACCUUUCCCCCAGGUUGCUGGAAUUCACGUCUGCACGGUAUAUCCGCCUGCGCUUACAGCGCAUCAGAACGCUCAACGCAGACCUCAUGACCCUGAUUAGCCACCGGGAGCCUAAGGACGUGGACCCCAUUGUCACCAGACGAUAUUACUAUUCAAUCAAAGACAUUUCUGUUGGGGGGAUGUGUAUCUGCUUUGGCCAUGCAAGUAGCUGCCCGUGGGAUGAAACUACCAAGAAGCUACAGUGUCAGUGUGAACAUAACACUUGUGGAGAGAGUUGUAACCAGUGUUGUCCUGGACACCACCAGCAGCCCUGGAGGCCUGGGACCGUUUCGUCUGGAAACACCUGUGAAGAAUGUAAUUGUCACAAUAAAGCCAAGGACUGUUACUAUGAUGAAAGUGUUGCGAAUCAGAAGAGGAGUCUGAAUACCGCUGGCCAGUACAUCGGAGGAGGGGUUUGCAUAAAUUGCCUGCAGAACACCACGGGAAUCAACUGUGAAACCUGCCUGGAUGGGUAUUACAGACCACACAAAGUUUCUCCUUACGAGGACGAGCCUUGCCGUCCCUGUGACUGCGACCCCGUGGGGUCCCUCAGUUCUGUCUGUAUUAAGGACGACCCCCAUGCCGACUUACACAACGGGAAGUGGCCGGGUCAGUGUCCUUGUAAGGAAGGUUAUGCAGGAGAGAAAUGUGAUCGUUGCCAACUUGGCUAUAAGAAUUACCCAAGCUGCGUCCGCUGUGACUGCAGUACAGCUGGCAGCGUGAAUGACGAUCCAUGCACUGAGCCCUGUCUUUGUAAGGAGCACGUGGAGGGGAAGGACUGUGGUCGCUGCAAGCCCGGAUUCUACAACCUGAAGGAGAGAAACCCCCGGGGCUGCUCUGAGUGCUUCUGCUUUGGUGUUUCUGACGUCUGUGACAGCCUCUCCUGGCCCGUCGGUCAGGUGAACAAUAUGUCGGGGUGGCUAGUCACUGACCUGAUCAGUCCCAGGAAGAUCCCAUCUCAGCAGAACGUGCUGGGCGGGAGUCACCAGAUCAGCAUCAACAACAGUGCGGUCAUGCAGAGGCUGAGUGCCCAGUACUACUGGUCAGCUCCCAGGGCCUACCUCGGGAACAAGCUGACAUCAUUUGGUGGAUUCCUGAAGUACACAGUGUCUUACGACCUUCCAGUGGAGACAGUGGACGGUGACCUCAUGUCACACGCGGACGUCAUAAUUAAGGGAAAUGGACUCACUUUAAGCACACAGGCCGAGGGCCUGUCAUUGCAACCCUAUGAAGAGUACUUUAACAUGGUCAGACUGGUGCCUGAGAGCUUCAGAGAUUUCAAUAACAAAAGGGAAAUCUACCGAGACCAGCUGAUGACUGUCCUUGCCAAUGUGACACAUCUCCUGAUCAGAGCCAACUAUAAUUCUGCAAAAAUGGCUCUUUACAGGUUGGAGUCCGUCUCUCUGGACGUGGCCAGCCCCAAUGCUAUAGACCUGGAAGUCGCGGCCGAUGUGGAGCACUGUGAAUGUCCCCAGGGCUACACGGGGACCUCCUGCGAGUCAUGCCUCUCUGGCUAUUACCGCGUGGAUGGGAUACUCUUUGGAGGAAUUUGUCAGCCUUGUGAGUGCCACGGCCAUGCAGCUGAGUGUGAUCAUCACGGAGUUUGCAUUGCGUGCACGCACAACACCACCGGGGCCCACUGUGAGCAGUGCCUGCCCGGCUUCUACGGACAGCCUUCCCGAGGUGCUCCAGGGGACUGCCAGCCUUGUGCCUGCCCUCUUGUCACGGCCUCCAACAAUUUCAGCCCGACCUGCCACCUUAAUGAAGGAGAGGAAGUGGUCUGUGACCAGUGUGCUGUCGGGUACUCGGGAGCUUGGUGUGAGAGAUGUGCAGAUGGUUACUAUGGAAACCCAACAGUGCCCGGGGAGUCCUGUGUUCCAUGUGACUGCAGUGGCAACGUGGAUCCCCGGGAGCCUGGUCACUGUGACUCAGUCACCGGCGAGUGCCUGAAGUGUGUGGGGAACACAGGUGGUGCCCACUGUGAAAGGUGUGCGGAGGGCUUCUACGGGGAUGCUGUGACCGCCAAAAACUGCCGCGCCUGUGAGUGCCAUGGGAAGGGCUCCCUUUCUCCCAUGUGCCAUCUGGAGACAGGACUUUGUGACUGCAGACCACACGUUACUGGACAGCAGUGUGACCAGUGCUUGCCUGGCUACUACGGGCUGGACUCUGGGCAUGGCUGUCUGCCCUGCAACUGCAGCAUGGCCGGCUCCAUGUCGGAUGACUGCUCCGAUGAAGGCCAAUGCCACUGUGUCCCAGGUGUGGCUGGAGAAAAGUGUGACAGGUGUGCCCACGGCUUCUAUGCAUACCAGGAUGGCGGCUGUACACCCUGUGACUGCCGGGACACACGGAACAGCUGUGACCCAGAGUCUGGAGAGUGCAUCUGCCCUCCUCAUACUCAGGGCUUGGAGUGUGAAGAAUGUGAGGAUGACCACUGGGGCCACCACCCAGAGAAGGGCUGCCAGGCCUGCAAUUGCAGUCUCGUGGGGUCGAGUAGCCACCGUUGCGAUGUACUCACGGGCCACUGCCAGUGCAAGUUGGAAUUUGCUGGAUGGAGCUGCGAUCAGUGCUCUUUGGGUUACAGAGACUUUCCAAACUGUGUCCCCUGUGACUGUGACCCCAGGGGGACAUCAGGAGAUACCUGUGACCUGGACCAGGGUCUCUGCAGCUGUGCAGAGGAAACCGGAACCUGCUCUUGCAAGGAGAAUGUCAUUGGCCUCCAGUGCAGGCAGUGCCGAGAGGGCACCUUUGCUCUCCGCGCCGACGACCCUCUGGGGUGCAGCCCCUGCUUCUGCUUUGGGCUGUCCCACAUCUGCUCCGAGCUAGAGGGUUACGUGAGGACCCCAGUAGUGCUGGCCUCAGAUCAGCCUCUUCUGCGUGUGGUUUCUCAGAGUAACCUGAGGGGCACGACCGAGGGGGUUUACUAUCAGGCCCCUGAUGUCCUACUGGAUGCUGGGACUGUCCGGCAACACGUCCAUACAGAGCCCUUCUACUGGCGGCUGCCAGAGCAGUUCCAGGGAGACCAGCUCAUGGCAUACGGUGGCAAACUGAGGUACAGUGUGGCCUUCUAUUCCUUGGAUGGUUUUGGCACCUCCAAUUUUGAGCCUCAAGUUCUCAUCAAAGGGGGCCGGACCAGAAAGCAAGUUAUUUACCUGGAUGCACCAGCUCCGGAGAACGGAGUGAGGCAGGAGCAGGAAGUCGCAAUGAAAGAGAAUUUUUGGAAAUAUUUCAACUCUGUUUCUGAAGAACCUGUCACACGCCCAGAUUUCAUGUCUGUCCUCAGCAAUGUUGAGUACAUCCUCAUCAAGGCAUCAUACGGCCAAGGACUGCAGCAAAGCAGGAUCUCAAAUAUUUCGAUGGAGGUUGGCAGAAAGGCUGAAGAGCCGCAUCCAGACAGAGAGGUGGCGUCCCUUCUAGAGAACUGUCUCUGUCCCCCUGGCACAGCGGGAUUCUCCUGUCAGGACUGCGCCCCCGGGUAUUAUAGAGGGAAGCUCCUGGAAGGCGGGGGCCGGGGACCGCGCCCUCUGCUUGCUCCCUGCGUCCCCUGCAGUUGCAACAACCAUAGUGACACCUGUGACCCUGAAACUGGAAAGUGCCUGAACUGCAGCGAUAACACGGCGGGUGACCACUGCCACGUGUGUGCUCCCGGCUACUACGGGAAGGUGACUGGCCUGGCCGGCGACUGUUCUGUGUGCACCUGUCCUCACAGCCACCCUGCCAGUUUCAGCCCCACCUGCGUCUUGGAGGGUGACAGUGAUUUCCGUUGUGACGCCUGUCUGUCGGGCUACGAAGGGCAGUACUGUGAAAGGUGCUCCUCGGGCUACUAUGGAAACCCUCAAAUGCCAGGGGGCAGUUGCCAAAAGUGUGACUGCAGCCCCCACGGCUCUGUCCACAACGAGUGUGACCGUGCGUCCGGGCAGUGCAUGUGCAGGCCGGGGACCUCGGGGCUCCGGUGUGAGGACUGUGAGCCGAGGCACACACUGGUGGAAGGCAACUGUGUCUCUUGUGAUGACGAGUGUGUCGGCGUGCUGCUGAACAACUUGGACGACAUUAGCGAUGCCGUUCUUUCUAUGAACCUCACGGGCAUUAUCUCCCUCCCCUAUGGAAUUUUGUCCAAACUGGAAAACACAACUGAGGAUCUCCGGGAAUCAUUAUUGAAAGAAAAUAUGCAAAAGGAACUGGCGAAGUUUAAACUUGAAAGUGUUGCGAAAGAGACAGACAACCUGCAAAAGAAGCUCACUCGAGUGUUAACAAGUAGCCAAAAGGAGAAUAAGAAAACUGAGCGAAUCCUCAAAGAGACUCGGGACCUGGCCGCGUUCAUCGAGAGGCUGCAGAGGAACAUCCAAGAAACUGUUGAAAAGGCAACAACUUUAAAUCAGACUUUGGAUGGAGAUUUCCAGCUGCCUAGCUCGGUGCUGGAGAACAUGCAGCAGGACAUUUCCUCUUUGCUCAAAGCCAUACGGAAAAGGCACUUCCUACAGUUGCACCAAAAUGUCACCCUGGAACUCAAGGCUGCUGAAGACUUGCUGUCACAAAUUCAGAAAACUUACCAGAAGCCACAGGAAGAGUUGGAGGUGUUGAAAGAAGUAGCCAGCCGGCUCCUGGCCAAGCACAGUGGACAGCUGCAGGCAGCCGGGACGCUGGUGAAGGACGCAGAGGGAAAGAGGCAGGAAAGUGACCGUCUGCUGCUCGUGGCCAGCGCCAACCUGAGAGAAUUGGAGGAUAAAAAGCUUCAUGUCCAAGAAGAGCAAAACUUGACCUCAGAGCUAAUUGCCCACGGAAGAGGACUGAUGGACGCUGCCAGUGCACAUGCAAAUGUCACACCCGGCGCUCUCACACAGUUAGAGCAUCUCCAGGAUGAGCUGCUUUUAUGGGCAGCCAAAAUCAGGCAUCACGUGGAUGGGCUGGUCAUGAGCAUGUCCAGCAGGAGGGCACUUGACCUGGUCUACAGAGCCGAGGACCAUGCCGCUGGGCUCCAAAGACUAGCCGGCAUCCUGGAGAGUGACCUUGAAAAUGUCAGACAUGUGUCCCUGAACGCGACCAGUGCAGCCCAUGUCUAUUCCAACCUCCAGAGCCUGAUUGAAGAAUCAGAGAAGCUGGCCAGAGAUGCUCACGGGAUUGUGACUCAGGUGAGCCUGUUCUCAGAAUCCCUCCCUUCCAAUGGGAGAGUGGCUCUGCAGCGCAGUUCCAAGUUUCUAAAAGAAGGCAACAGCCUCAGCAGAAAGCAUCAAGGUAUUGCAUCGGAACUGAGUAAAUUGAGAAAUGCAGCAAACAGAUUUCAAAAGAAUGCUGACAGAAUUACCAGGCAGACCAAUGAAUCCCUCUUGAUACUUAGAGCAAUUCCUGAAGGUGUGGGACACAAAGGAGCCAAAACUAAAGAGCUGGCCACUUCUGUAAACCGGAGCGCUGUGAGCACGCUGGCGGCCGCGGCCGGGUGGAGCCAGACACUGCUGAACACAUCGAGCGGCCUGUCCAGGGUCGACACCACGCUGCGAGAGACCAAGGAGCUCCUGCUAGACUCCAACCUGACCACUCUGUUAGCAGAAAGAAAAGUUAAAGAUGUGGAAACACAAGCCAACCUUCUAUUUGAUCGGUUGAAGCCUCUGAAGAUGUUAGAAGAGAAUCUGAGCAGAAACCUGUCAGAAAUUAAACUGCUGAUCAGCCAGGCCCGGAAACAAGCAGCUUCUAUUAAAGUCGCCGUGUCUGCGGACAGAGACUGCGUCCGGGCCUACCAGCCUCAGAUUACUUCUACUAACUAUAACACCCUGACACUGAAUGUGAAGACCCGUGAACCGGACAACCUUCUCUUCUACCUCGGCAGCAGCACCAGUUCUGAUUUCCUUGCAGUGGAGAUGUGGCGGGGGAAGGUGGCCUUCCUCUGGGACCUGGGGUCCGGGUCAGCGAGGCUGGAGUUUCCAGAUGUCCCCAUUGAUGACAACAGGUGGCACAGCAUCCAUGUAACCAGAUUUGGAAACAUUGGUUCACUGAGUGUAAAAGAAAUGAGCUCAAAUCAAAAGCCACCACCCAAAACAAGUACAUCUCCUGGAAUAGCCAAUGUUCUGGAUAUAAACAAUUCAACACUCGUGUUCGUUGGAGGAUUGGGAGGACAGAUCAAGAAAUCUCCUGCCGUGAAGGUUACUCAUUUCAGAGGCUGCAUGGGAGAGGCUUUCUUAAAUGGAAAAUCCAUUGGCCUGUGGAACUACCUAGAAAGAGAGGGCAAAUGUCACGGCUGCUUUGGAAGCUCCCAGAAUGAAGACUCUUCCUUCCAUUUUGACGGGAGCGGGUACUCUGUCGUAGAGAAGACGCUUCGGGCUACUGUGACCCAGAUAAUAAUGCUCUUCAGCACCUUUUCACCUAAUGGGCUUCUCCUCUACCUGGCUUCCAACGGCACAAAAGACUUUUUAUCCAUCGAGUUGGUCCACGGCAGAGUGAAAGUUACUGUUGACCUGGGUUCGGGACCCCUUGCACUUAUGACAGACAGACGUUACAACAAUGGGACCUGGUACAAAAUUGCCUUUCAGCGAAACCGGAAACAAGGUCUCCUGGCGGUCAUUGAUGCGUACAACACUAGUUACAAAGAGACUAAGCAAGGCGAGACUCCGGGAGUAUCUUCCGACCUCAAUCGUCUGGAUAAGGACCCAAUUUAUGUGGGUGGAUUACCUCGGUCAAGAGCUGUAAGGAAAGGAAUCACCAGCAAAAGCUAUGUGGGCUGUAUCAAGAACCUGGAAAUAUCCAGAUCCACCUUUGAUUUACUCAGAAAUUCCUAUGGAGUAAGAAAAGGCUGUAUGUUGGAGCCCGUCCGAAGUGUUAGCCUCUUGAGAGGCGGCUACGUUGAGUUGCCAUCCAAGUCUUUGACCCCAGAAUCGGAAUUGCUGGCCACAUUUGCCACCAACAACAGCAGUGGCAUCAUCCUGGCUGCCCUUGGCAGGGACGCAGAGAUGCAGGGUCGUGGACAGGCCCAUGUGCCUUUCUUCUCCAUUCUGCUGAUUGAAGGCCACGUUGAGGUACACGUCAGCCUUGGGGACAGGUCCAGCCUGAGGAAAGCCCUCCUACACGCUCCCACCGGCACCUACAGCGAUGGACAGCCACAUUCCAUCUCCUUGGUUAGGAAUCGGAGAAUUAUCACUGUUCAGUUGGAUGAGACCAAUCCUGUGGAAGUGAACUUGGGUCCAUUAGCAGAAAGCAGGACAAUAAAUGUAUCCAACCUGUACAUAGGGGGGGUUCCAGAGGGUAAGGGGACCUCGGUGCUCAGAAUGAGAAGCUCGUUCCAUGGCUGCAUCAGAAACCUGAUCUUUAACCUGGAACUUUUGGAUUUCACCAGUGCAGUUGGCUCUGAACAAGUGGACUUGGACACCUGCUUGCUUGAAGAAAGGCCUAAGCUGGGUUUUCUUGGCGAGGACGGGGAGCUCCUGCCAGAGCCCCAUGUGUUCCCGGAGCAGUGUGCAGUGGACGCCCCUCUGGAGUACGUGCCUGGCGCCCACCAGUUUGGCCUGACGCAGAGCAGCCACAUGGCAUUGCCUUUCAAUCAGUCUGGCGUCAGGAAGAGGCUCUCGGUGCAGCUGACCCUCCGCACGUUUGCCUCCAGUGGCCUUGUCUACUACGUGGCUCACCAGAACCAGGUGGACUACGCCACGCUGCAGCUCCACGGCGGCCGCCUCCACUUUAUGUUUGAUCUCGGCAAAGGCAGAACAAAGGUCUCCCACCCAGCUCUGCUCAGCGAUGGCAAGUGGCACACGGUCAGGACUGAGUUUGUUAAAAGAAAAGGCUUCAUGACUGUUGACGGCCAAGAAUCCCCCAUGGUGACCAUGGUGGGAGAUGGAACCACAUUGGAUGUGGAAGGGACGUUCUACCUGGGAGGCCUCCCCGCCGUGUACAGAGCCAGGAACAUCGGAAAUAUCACUCACAGCAUCCCUGCCUGCAUUGGAGAUGUGACAGUGAAUGGCAAACAGCUAGACAAGGACAGCCCAGCAUCUGCCUUUGCAGUGAACAGGUGCUAUGCCGCAGCCCAGGAAGGAACUUUCUUUGACGGAAGUGGAUAUGCGGCUCUCGUCAAAGAAGGCUACAAAGUCCAGUCAGAUGUGAAUAUCACACUCGAGUUUCGUACCUCGUCAGAGAACGGUGUCCUCCUGGGGAUCAGCAGUGCCAAAGUCGAUGCCAUUGGACUAGAGAUUGUAGAUGGCAAGGUCUUGUUCCACGUCAACAAUGGUGCCGGCAGGAUAACAGCCGCCUACGAGCCCAGAGCUGCCAGCGUGCUCUGUGACGGGAGGUGGCACACGCUGCUUGCUAGCAAAAGCAAACACAGAGUCACUCUGACCGUCGAUGGAACUACGGUGCGUGCCGAAAGCCCACACACCCAGUCCACCUCGGCAGACACCAACAACCCCAUUUAUGUUGGUGGCUAUCCUGCUGGUGUAAAGCAGAACUGCCUGAGCAGCCGGACCUCGCUCCGGGGCUGUGUGAGGAAACUCACGCUGGCCAAGGGGCCGCACCUGCAAUCCUGGGACUUCAGCAGCGCUUUUGAACUACAAGGAGUUUUCCCUCAUUCAUGUCCUGGGACCGAGGCCUGAACUUCAGGCAAAAUCCUCAGUUGGAAUCAUUGCUAAUAUCUUGAGGAGAGUUAUA